AAAAUUCAUCGGAAGUUGAGUGUACGGAGGUUGUGAAAAUCAACACGUGUCUCAUAAACAAAAUUACGAUGGCGGACCACGGCGAAAACAGAGACGGUGCCUCCGCCUCCGUAAGAGUCCUCAACCACCACUCCGAAGAUUUAGACACAAUAAGCUCUUUGCCUGAUGUGAUCCUCCAUCAAAUUCUCUCCUUAUUUCAGACCAAAUACGCCAUAAGAACUUCCAUCUUGUCCAAACGAUGGAGGUAUGUUUGGUUCGAAACACCUUCUCUCUACUUCGAUGAUUGCUAUAAACUAGAUGCUGAUUCUGUAGAAAAAACCCUAGAUCACUACAGGGCUCGCAAGAUUAUGACUUUUCAGCUCUGUGCCACAUCCGUAGUCGAUCUUCCUUACAAUGAAUGGAUCGAGUUCGCCAUGUCCCGAAACGUGGAGAAUCUGUUUCUGAAUUUCGGUUACCUUAAGUAUGAUCUCUCAAUAUGUUACUCCUGGUAUAUUAAGCUAACCCUACACACAAUGGAUUGUGACAUGGACACCAUACAUGAUAAGGAUGUUAGCAACUACUUGUGUGGCUUGAAUCUGAAUCACUGCUGGGUCUUUGGGAAUGUUUUCCAUUGGAAUGUAGAGUCAAAGCAUGUGGCUUCGUUCAUGGAACUUAUGAUUAAAACCACAAAGGCAUUAGAGAAAAUGGUCGUAAGGUUGGAAAGUUACCUUGAUGGAAGAGAUUUUGAAGAAUUGCUUGAGAUGGUUCCCAUGCUUUCUCAAAACAACAAUGUCUCCAUUGAGUUUAGCUCUACAUCGGCUUGGUUGAGCUAA